CCUGUGCCGGAUGAGGCUCAUGUCUUUUUUUUUUUUUUUGCGGUUAUGUAAAGUUCGACUCUUUCUGUUUUCCUGUUGCCGCUUUCCUCUGCCCAGAUGCUACCACGUUUUCCAAGCACGAUGUUGCUGUUUAACGAGACGCCGGUGCUUCAAAUGCGUCCAUCCAGUUUCUAAGCGCCACAAAAUGAGGAUUUCUUCUCGCCGCUGGUUUUUGUUGAUAUUUUGGGGCUUGUGCGGACUGUCGCUGGCUGCUUUCCCCAGCAGCGUCCAGAUCGGCGGCUUGUUCAUCCGAAACACAGAUCAGGAGUACACCGCCUUUCGCUUGGCCAUCUUUCUGCACAACACCAGCCCCAAUGCCUCAGAAGCGCCCUUCAACCUGGUGCCUCACGUGGACAACAUUGAGACGGCCAACAGCUUCGCCGUCACCAACGCCUUUUGCUCUCAGUACUCCCGAGGUGUCUUCGCCAUCUUCGGCCUCUACGACAAGCGCUCGGUGCACACGCUGACGUCGUUCUGCAGCGCCCUCCACAUCUCCCUCAUCACGCCCAGCUUCCCCACCGAGGGCGAGAGCCAGUUCACCUUGCAACUACGCCCGUCCAUCCGGGGGGCGCUCUUGUCCCUGCUGGACCACUACGACUGGAACAAGUUCGUCUUUCUCUACGACACCGACCGGGGAUACGCCAUCCUGCAGGCCAUCAUGGAGAGGGCCGGCCAGAACAACUGGCAGGUGAGCGCCAUCUGCGUGGAGAACUUCAACGACGCCAACUACCGGCGGCUCCUGGAAGACCUGGACCGGCGGCAGGAGAAGAAGUUUGUGAUCGACCUUGAGGCCGAGAGGCUGCAGAACAUGCUGGAACAGAUCGUCAGCGUGGGGAAGCACGUCAAAGGCUACCAUUACAUCAUGGCCAACCUGGGUUUUAAGGACAUCAAUCUGGAGCGCUUCAUGCACGGCGGCGCCAAUGUGACGGGCUUCCAGCUGGUCGACUUCAGCAAUUCAAUGGUCAUCAAACUGAUGCAGCGCUGGAACAAGCUGGAUCAGAGGGAGUACCCGGGCUCCGAUGCACCGCCCAAGUACACUUCGGCGUUGACGUACGACGGGGUGAUGGUGAUGGCCGAGGCCUUCAGGAACAUGCGCAGGCAGAAGGUGGACAUUUCCCGACGAGGGAACGCCGGCGAUUGCCUGGCCAACCCCGCCGCGCCGUGGAACCAAGGCAUCGACAUGGAGCGUACUCUCAAACAGGUGCGGCUGCAGGGAUUAACAGGUAAUGUCCAGUUUGACCACUACGGCCGCAGGGUCAACUACACAAUGGACGUGUUUGAGCUGAAGAAUAACGGACCAAGACGGAUCGGCUACUGGAACGACGCCGACAAACUGGUGCUGAUCCAGGACUCGCCGCUGCUCCCCAACGACACAUCCGGCAUGGAAAACCGCACCGUGGUGGUCACCACCAUCAUGCCCGCGGUGUGGAACCCCAUUUUAAGAAACUGAGCCCCCCCAGCCGGACAGCAAGAGGGACUUGACACGAGAAGACGAGCCCCAAAGCAACCCCGAAAGACACGGACGCCCCGCCCCCCCUUUUUAAAAAGCAAACGGAGCCGUAAUGGAAUGCAAACGGGUGGAAAGGAGGAUAAGCACGCCGCUGUCUUUGUCCUUGUGUGUCAUGCAUUUCACGCUCCGUGUUGUGAUCAGAAACAUCCUUCAAUUUGGGAUUCUUACCCUCCCCCCCCCCCCCCCCAGCCCCCUCCGCGAAAACCUGUCCACCGAGCAGACAAUGAAUGUCAAAGUGAUUUCCUGUUUCGCUGUAAAUCUGUCAAUCGGUGCCGGGGAUACCUGCCUCGCCGUAGAUUACACAGACUAACGGGCGCCGGUUUGCGCUUCUCGGCAUCUCUUUGGCCAUGUCGGUGGCGCGUGCCGAUGUUUUAUUGCGCUCGACAAACGUGCUCCAAACCAUUUGUUAGCUUCACGCUAACAUAAACAAACCCGCAUCGUAUAUUUUACUCUCAAAAGAGAUUUUUUGUUGGUCGAUUUUGAAGUAAUUGAGGCAAAAUUAAACGCUCAUGGACGUGACAUAACCCACAGAAAUGUUUAUUGAAGUAAAGCGUUUAAUUUUUCAGAAGGUUGUUUAUUUGAAGUAACGUUUAUUUAAGCAACGUUUUCAUAGAAUUGAAACUAUUUGUUUAUAACAUAUUUAUUAUAUAUUGGAAUUUAGGCAUUUAUGCUAUUUUAGGGUUAGGAUUAUGUUUUUAAGUGAUGUUUAUUGAACACAGGCGUUUCUUUGGAGUGGUGUUUUUUUUUACUGUACAUCAGGAAUUCAUUUUAUGUAACUUAUUUGAAGUAAGCCAUUUAUUUGUAAGUAAGUAAGAUAUGAAUUGUGUUAAAUAGAAGAAAUGCAAGUUGUUUGAAAUAAGGUAAUUUGGCUAUAUUUGAAGUGUUUUCUUGAGGUAACUUAUUUGAAGUCAGGUGUUUAUUUGGAAUAAUAUGUUUACAUAUUUUAUUUGAAGGCAUUUAUUUAAAUUAGGCGAGUUGUACUACUUAUUUGAAAGAAGUUAUUUAAAAGUAAGGUGUUCAUAUUUGUUUUUUUAAGUAACACCAUGCAUUAAUUGAAUGUAGUUUUUUGAAGUUAGGUGUUUAUUGAAAGGGGAGCUCAGAACAGUCCAAGCAAAAUUCCAAGUCAAAAUCUUAUUUGAGAAAAUACUGUAAUGUCACUUAAGGAAAUUUUGCCCCCCCCCAAAAAAAGGGGUCCAUCCUUAUCUCAGUGAUGCUGCUCUAACGAGGGCUUCCUCUUUCGUCCAAUCAUCGACAUCGGCAAGCCAGCAGCUGCGUGGGUCCUCUGGCUGAGCUUCCGGAAAUUUCUGACCGCGUCGCUUUUCCCGCUUCUUUGGCGCCGACUGCGCUCAUCGCUUAUCCCAACGUUGCACUGUCGACCAUUUAUAAUCCAUAUCCAUGUAUCGAGCUAAUAUAAAGUCCUCAGUCAUCACGUACUCAAUCCUUCGCCGUUGUACCAAAACGGAGAAUAGAGAGCGGAAAAACAAGACGUGAUUUCUGUAAAGCGAUUACGAGCGGGACGGGGGAAGAAUCUUUUGAGACGAAAGCCCUCUUUGCAUUUUUUUGCUCUUUGUCUUGAAAUCCCCGUGAAAUCAGCCGGAUUCGCCGUCUGUCUUCCAGCAUUUUUGCUGUUCCCGGUGAUAUUGUUCUCACAAAUACAUAAAGCGACGUUUGGAAAUUAUAAAGGAACUGUUCCUAGUUAGUACAGUGUAAUAACAUCAGUAUAGAGACUCUUGAGAGCACAACUGCAACCAUGGAACUCCAACUUUUUUCUACACGGGAAGUAGAUCACGUCACAUAGCGAAAUUAUUUUUAAUGCGACGCGGAAAAUCUCUCUUAGUGUUCUGAACUCCUUUUUUAAUGUACUGAUAUCUCAACUUUUCAUGGUCAAAUAAAAUUGUAACUUGAAAUUACAAGAAACAACAUACAGUGUUUCAAAUAAACUCCUGACUUCAACUAAACAACAUAAUUUAAAUGAACGCCUGACUUCAAAUCAACUACAUACUCUAAUUAAACACCUUCAAAUAAAUACCAUAAAAUACGGAUAAAAUACCACCAUUUUUUAAAAAUCAUAACAUCAAGGCGGAAUUUUGGCAGGAAAAAAAAGUCGAUCAUUGAAAUGUUUUCUGGUUCUUCUCUUUUAACGGUUUUCACAAGACAGUAACCCAAAAGGUAGAAAAUCAAUCAUCAACUUUGUUCCUCCCCCCCAUCGUUCCGGGUCGGUACCGUUUGUGUAGAACACUGAUACAUUCAAGGGUUUAUUGGCUAGAGAUGCCACAGGGAAUCUGAUAUCUAUCGCCAGGUCUACGUUCCCUCCCCAUUCCGUGUGGACGUACCGGUAGUUUGUACAGAACGGCGACAAUGGGGGGUAAAAAGGCAGGAAAAUGCUAUCAUUUAUCGGCAGUAUCAAACAGCCUACAAAUACCCUUCUGUCCUUUCACACCUCUGAUACUACCCCGGAAAUCGGAAAACUGAAAUUUAGCGCUCCCUUUCGGGGUGGUCCCCUACUUUACAGAACGGUGACGUCACAUUUUCCAGCCGUCGUGAACGGGGGUAGAGCCUCUGUCCCACCCCUCGCGGCUCUUGAAUUACCCCUGAAAGCGGAAAAUUGCAAAUGAAGGCAGGAUAAUGAGGUUGUUUACUGGUAGUGUAAUGCUCAAAGUUUGAUAUUAACGCCAAGGGGGUAAACAUGUAGUCAAGUACUCCUUCGCUGUUCCAUGUCGGUGCUGUUAAUACAGAAUAAUAAUACUGAAAAUAAUGGAAGAUUCGGAUAUUUCCAGACAUUCUAGCCUCUGCUACAACUCUAAUAUUACCUCCAAAGCAGAAUAUUUUCAAGUUGGCUUCCUACCCCCAUUGCGCAUUUGUGGUAUUACAGCAACAAAGACUGGAACGUGGGGUGAUGUAAUAAGGCUUUCAUUUAUACGGAGUGUAAAAGUGCUAAAGUUGCCACUCCGGCUCUGAUACUACCUCUAAAGCCGGAUGCAACUGGGAAUAGACACAUUGCAGUUGGUGCAUCCAAGCGUCUUUGAUUUUACUUUGUAGUGGCUUGGGGGGGAAAUCAAAAAAAAAAUGUGUGGAAUAAAUUGGGCCUGCCUUGUUUUCAAUAUGUAAGGAGGCCAUUUUAUGUGACAAAAGUAAUUUGUCCAGCGUUCCACUUUGAUGACUCCGGAUUGUGUUGAUCCAGAACUUUUUCCACCUGUCCCAAUCCGCCAUCAUUCGGACGUCCGGCUUGUGUUUGUCUGGAGACCCCACCCCCCACCCCCCACCCCCCCAAGUCUGACGGCAGCUCAUUUUUCACUUCCCAUCAGCUUUACCUCCGCUUUCUGCUUAGUCAUGCUUCCCUCCCGUCUCUUUGAUUUUGUGUAUCAUCCAUCCGCAUUAACAUUUUGAUGACUUUUUUUUUUUUAACCCCGGAUUGUGCUCCGCAUAUGCAGCGUGAGCCCAUCACGGCGAUUACUCGUGCAUGGCUUUUUCUUUUUCUUUUUGUUGUACCUCAGAGGGAGUGUGUGUGUGUGUGUGGGGGGGGGCACAUCUCUCCCAGCAGGACGUGACGGUUUAAAGACAUAAGAUUUAAAGCCGCGCCCGCUUUCUCCUUUGCUGUUCAAUUCCGUAAUUGUCGGUUUGAAGCUCGGCUUUCGAAGAGCCGAGCGAGGGGACGACGUCGUCGCAUGCGGUCGAAAAAUAUCGCGGUAGUCGUUGUGGUGACGUGACCAAAAUUUUUCCAGAACAGGCUGCUACGUAUCACAACACUAUUCCAAAGUUACUGUAAACAAUUGUUUUUAUCCCAAAAAUAAAAUUGCUGUUUAUACAGAGGGACUGACAAAAAUUGACAUUGAAUAUUGCCAACCGACGGCGCAAAAGCGCUACUUUUGUCUUAAUGACUACUGGACCCGGUACACACUCAUGGAAUCUCCCCCCCCUCCCCCCCACAGCCACUUCUU